CAUAAACGCAUUCAUACAGGUGAGAAGCCCUAUCACUGUGAUAUCUGUGGUAAAUCUUUCUCUCAAAGGAAUACCUUGACAAAUCAUAAACCUGUUCAUACAGGAGAGAAACCAUAUCACUGCGAUAUCUGUGGUAAAUCUUUCUCUCUGUUGAAUACCUUAAACGUUCAUAAAAAUAUUCAUAUAGGAGAGAAACCGUACCAUUGUGACAUAUGUGGUGAAUCAUUUUCUAGAAAGAACACCUUAACUGCUCAUAAACGCAUUCAUACAGGUGAGACACCAUAUCAUUGUGAUACCUGUGGGAAAUCAUUUCCUCACAGAAAUACCUUAACUGAACACAAACGUAUUCAUACUGGAGAGAAGCCAUACCACUGUAAUAUCUGUGGUAAAUCAUUCUCUCAAAAAUCUAUUUUGGCUAUCCACAUGCAUAUCCAUACAGGUGAGAAGCCAUAUCACUGUGAUGUCUGUGGUAAAUCU